AUGGCCAACAGGGGCAAGACAGUAAUCGUGGCAGCCCUGGACGGGACAUUCCAGCGCAAGGGUUUUGGCAACAUCCUGGAGCUUGUGCCACUCGCUGAGACGGUGGUGAAGCUGAAUGCUGUGUGUAUGCUGUGCUACCAGGAGGCCCACUACACCAAGCGCACCUCAGCGGAGACAGCGCUGGAGGUGAUCGGAGGGAGUGACAAGUACAUAGCCACCUGCCGCAAGUGUUAUUUCCUCCCCUCGCCCCAGAAGCAAUCACCUGACCACCUCCCUCUCAAGGCCAUACAGGAGAACGGGGAGGGUGAGACCGCACACAAGAGACGGUUCAUGGACAAAGAGAACUAUAGGGUGAUGGAGAGCGACGCCACACCCGUAGCCGCAUCCUAA